CCAAGUUUGUUCAACUUCCUUUUCCCAAAGUCCAAACUAAAUAUUUGUACACUUAAUUCUCUCAUCUCCAUAACCUUGUUUAAUUUUCUGCUUCACCAAUUCUCUAACUCCCAAAAAAAAUGGCUUCUCCAUGUACAACUUACCAUCCAAGUCCUGGUAGCCCUGAAAAUGACUCAAUGAUACUUUUCUCAACUUCAACUUCAUGUUCACCAGCCAAAGAAUCCACAAUAACUCACUCUAAUUCUUCUUCCUUCAAUUCUUCAUCACCACCACCACGACAAUCGUCUCCAGAUAAAACUUAUGAACUAAGAAUUCGAAAUCUUUCAUAUACUAUCUCCCCAAAUGGCUCAAUAUUUUCUUCAUUAUUAAUGAAGAAGAGUACUAAGCCAAAAAGCACCAUACUCAAAUCAGUUUCUUUUGUGGCUGGAUGUUCGGAGAUUCUAGCGAUUGUUGGACCAAGUGGAACGGGCAAGUCAACGUUGUUACGUGUGAUAUCAGGCAGGGUGAGUGACAAAGAGUUUGAUCCAAAGAGUGUUUAUCUCAAUGAUCAUGCAAUUACUACCCCUGUACAAUUGAGGAACAUAUGUGGUUAUGUAGCUCAAGAGGACAAUUUACUUCCUUUAUUAACAGUGAAGGAAACUUUGAUGUUUAGCGCGAAGUUUAGGCUAAGAGGGAUGAGUUCAAAGGAGCGCGAAGAAAGGGUUGAGAGCUUGAUGCAAGAACUUGGCCUUGAUCAUGUAGCAAACAACUUCGUUGGAGACGAAGAGAACAGAGGAAUUUCAGGUGGCGAAAGAAAAAGGGUGUCAAUUGGAGUUGACAUGAUACAUGAUCCACCAAUAUUACUGUUAGAUGAGCCAACUUCAGGACUAGACAGCAGUUCAGCACUUCAAGUUAUUGAAUUGCUUUCGUCUAUGGCGAAAACAAAACAAAGAACCAUAGUUUUAUCUAUCCAUCAGCCUAGUUAUAGAAUUCUUCAGUACAUUUCUAAUCUUUUGAUCCUUUCUCAUGGAUCAGUUGUUCACAAUGGCUCUCUUCAAUCGCUCGAGGAAAAUAUAAAUAGGAUGGGAUAUGAAAUACCUAUUCAGCUCAACCCUCUUGAAUUUGCCAUGGAAAUUAUAUCCGUAUUGGAAAAUCAAGAACCACAUUUUAAGUAUCAGUCAUGUUCCUAUUUGAGAUGGGAAGAGGCCAUAAUUCAAGACACCGCGAAUAAAGAAGUAAUCGAUCAGGGAAAAAUUGGUGCUGUUUCGAAUAAACACUGCUCAAGUUUAUUUGAAAUAGCAGUGUUAUGUUCAAGAUUCUGGAAGAUUAUUUACAGGACAAAGCAACUGUUCUUGGCGAGAACGAUGCAAGCUCUUGUGGGAGGAUUUGGACUUGGAAGUGUGUAUAUAAAAAUGAGGAAUGAUGAAGGUGCAGUUGCAGAAAGAUUAGGCCUUUUUGCAUUUAGCCUUAGUUUUCUUCUUUCAUCCACUGUUGAAGCUUUACCAAUUUAUCUUCAAGAAAGGCGGGUGAUCAUGAAGGAAGCGUCUAGAGGAGCUUAUAAAAUCUCUUCUUACAUGAUCGCAAACACUAUAAUCUUUCUCCCAUUUCUCUUUGCAGUGGCCAUUCUUUUCGCUGUCCCAGUGUACUGGAUCGUAGGGCUGAACCCCUCUAUUACAGCUUUCGUGUUCUUCACUUUCGUGGUUUGGGUGAUAGUGUUGAUGGCAAGCUCAUUGGUUCUGUUUCUGAGUGCAAUUUCCCCUGAUUUCAUUUCAGGGAAUUCACUGAUUUGCACUGUUCUUGGGGCUUUUUUUCUAUUCUCAGGCUACUUCAUUCCAAAAGAAUGCAUACCAAAAUAUUGGCUUUUCAUGUACUAUGUUUCAUUAUAUAGGUACCCAUUGGACGCUUUGUUGACAAAUGAAUACUGGAGUUUGAGACACAAAUGUUUUACUUGGAAUGAUGAAAAUCAUUCAGAAUGUUUGCUUACAGGAAAUGAUGUAUUGAAGAAUAGGGGACUUGACAAGGAUACCAGGUGGAUGAACGUUGGAAUUAUGCUUGCUUUCUUUGUGUUUUAUAGGGUGAUUUGUUGGCUUGUUCUUGCAAGAAAAGCGUCAAAGACAACAAUUUGAAACGAUUACAACAUGCUGGAGAUCAGAAGAACACGACAUUGU